GCGUGACGUCAGCUGGAGAAUAUGGCGGCGCUUGGAUGUCGGUAGUUUGCUGCUCGAAUCUGUCGCAUGUUUAUUUACGUCCGGAUCUGUUCAGAGAAGGCUCGCCCCGGAGCGGCUGACAGGAAGCUCCGUGCAGCGUCGUCACCAGGGAAGUACGAAGGUUUGAGCGGCCGCUCAUGUCGGAUAAUCAGAGCUGGAACUCCUCAGGAUCCGAGGAAGACCUGGAGACCGAGUCCGGGCCGCCGGUGGAGCUGUGUGGGGUCCUCUCUAAGUGGACCAACUACAUACACGGCUGGCAGGAUCGAUGGGUGAUCCUGAAAAAUAACACCCUGAGCUACUACAAGUCGGAGGAUGAGACGGAGUAUGGAUGCAGGGGCUCCAUCUGCCUCAGCAAGGCGGUCAUCACGCCCCAUGAAUUUGACGAGUGCCGAUUUGAUAUCAGUGUUAAUGACAGUGUGUGGUACCUGCGCGCCCAGGAUCCGGACCACAGACAGCGCUGGAUAGACUCCAUUGAGCUGCACAAGUCUGAAUCCGGCUAUGGAUCUGAAUCUAGCUUACGAAGGCAUGGCUCAAUGGUGUCCCUGGUUUCUGGAGCGAGCAGUUAUUCUGCUACUUCGACCUCGUCGUUUAAGAAAGGACACAGCCUUCGAGAAAAACUUGCCGAAAUGGAGACUUUCCGUGACAUCUUGUGUCGACAGGUUGACACGCUUCAAAAAUACUUUGAUGCCUGUGCUGAUGCGGUCUGCAAAGACGACCUUGAUCGGGACAGAGUUGUUGAAGACGAAGACGACGAUUUCCUUCCAAACCACGCGGAUGGAGAGUACAAUCACAAUCACAGCAGCAAUGGCACCAAGGAGAAAUUGUUUCCACAUGUAGCCACAAAAGGCAUAAACGGCAUCGAUUUUAAAGGGGAAGCAAUUACUUUCAAGGCAACGACGGCAGGAAUCCUGGCCACCCUGUCACACUGCAUUGACCUGAUGGUAAAGAGGGAGGACAGCUGGCAGAAGAGGCUUGAUAAGGAGGUCGAGAAGAGGAGACGAGUAGAAGAAGCCUAUAAGAAUGCGAUGACGGAGUUAAAGAAAAAAUCCCACUUUGGUGGACCUGACUAUGAAGAGGGACCGAACAGCUUGAUUAACGAAGAAGAAUUCUUUGAUGCAGUUGAAGCUGCUUUGGACCGACAGGACAAAAUUGAACAGUGUCAGACAGAAAAGACGAGAUCUCACUUAUCUUCAUCUUUACCAACCAGUGAUGCAUUAAUUGCUGUGGAAAAUCACAGAUUUGUUCGAGCGUCCCCCAGCCGUUCAAAUGACCCAGUCAGUGCUUCUGAUGAGCACAGAUUUGGCAGCCAGGUGGAUGAGAUGGUAGAUAACCAUAUGACCUACUCACUCCAAGAUGUGGGUGGAGAUGCCAACUGGCAGCUUGUAGUAGAAGAAGGAGAAAUGAAGGUUUAUAGAAGGGAAGUGGAAGAAAACGGCAUCGUUCUUGACCCCCUGAAGGCUACUCAUUCUGUGAAAGGAGUCACGGGACAUGAGGUGUGCCAGCACUUUUGGAAUGUUGACGUACGCAACGACUGGGAGACAACUAUUGAAAACUUCCACGUUGUUGAAAAACUAUCUCCAAGUUCAAUCAUUGUAUACCAGACGCACAAGAGAGUGUGGCCAGCUUCUCAGCGCGACGUCUUGUAUUUAUCUGCAAUCCGUGUGAUACCAGCUGCUAGUGAGAAUGAAACGGACACUUGGAUUGUGUGCAACUUUUCAGUGGACCAUGACAAUGCUCCUCUUAACCGGUGUGUUCGUGCCAAAAUCAAUAUCGCCAUGAUCUGUCAGACACUAUUUAGUCCACCAGAGGGCAACAAAGAAAUCAGCAGAGACAACAUUCAAUGCAAAAUUACAUAUGUCGCUAAUGUGAAUCCUGGAGGGUGGGCUCCUGCCUCUGUUCUCCGAGCAGUGGCCAAACGGGAGUACCCCAAAUUUCUUAAAAGGUUUACUACAUAUGUGCAGGAGAAGACCUCAGGCAAGCCUAUACUUUUCUAACAAUUUGCCAGUGAAAUGAAGAUGCGGUAUGAACAUUCCACGUUGGAUCAAGCCUUGAUUUUACACCUUCAAGAUGGGGUUCAUGAUCCAAAGCCUUUUUAUGUAUUGGAGGCGUUACCUUGAGGAGACUGAACAUCAAACACUAUUGGACUUCUACUACUUUCUGGAUUCAUGUACAAAUUGUAUUCACAUACUAAAGAACAUGGUUAUGUUUUCUUUCCGUUCUUUUCGAUUUGCUUGCUUUGAAGGGCCACAGGAAAGGAAUUCCCUAAGGAUGGAGGCUUUCAUUUUCUACAACCAGAAAACGACAUACCUACCGUAGGCCUGAAAAAAUAAUGAAGCCAUAACGGUCUUGUGUUUCUGGCCAUGGAGAGGGUUAUGCACAGAAACAUGUGGCAUUUUCAAGGUUGUUAGAGAGUUGUUGGGUGGGUGGAUGAGUAUGGGGGAGGGUUGGUUUGUUUUUUGCUUUCAGAACUUUAUUUUUUUUCCUUUUUAUCCUUUUUGUGCUAGCUUGUGGCUAGCUGUUGUGAUGGUAAUAACUGAGGGCUGUUUUAAGCUAUGGCUUUGCCUUUCUGUUUGCAACUCCAAUGAAGACUUGAAGUCUGAUGGAGCUUUGCAAAACAAACAAAAAACAAAAAAUUCUAAGAAAGCUUUAUUUUUUUCCAGAAAUCUCUAUAUUUCUAUUUGUUUUUUAAGUUGUGUUCAUAACUUCGAGCAAAGAAAAAAAAAAAAAAAAAAAAGUGUUCUGUAACUUGAUCCAGAAAUUUCACAAUCGCUCUUAGACAAGAUCUAUGGAUCUAGUCAACAUAAAUGGUGUCCUCUCCAGAUGUCUUGUUGUCUUUUUUGGGGGUGUGCAGGCUGUCCAUUUUUUUUUUUUUUGGGAUGCUGUGUUUUGCUGAAGCUUCGAUCUCUGAUGUGACUUUGUACUGUCUUACAUCAUACUUCUAGCGGUAGAACAGCUCUGAAUGUAUCUAUCUUAGACACAUUGGAGGCCGCCAUUUUGGUGGAGGGAAACAUUAGUGCUUCAUGCCUCCCAAUGAAUGGCUUGGCUCGGAUCACGAUAUACGUGCCUCCAUCCGUGUAUAGGCAAUAGGUACAUUUGAAUGGCUGCCACCUACAGGCCGGGGGUUAUUAAUUCCAAUAAUGAACGGCACUUCAGUUGUUUUUUUGUUUUUUUAAUACCCAGAGACUUCGUAUUACAGCAUUGUUCUAUGUAAACUGUUCCUGAGUAUUUCAUAGCGUGUGGCAUAUUUUAUCAUAUUUUUUAUGAACCUCUUCAGACCUUCAGGCCAAUUGGGCUGUAUAUAACACAAUGCCACCCUCUACUGAGUGCAAUAUCCACAGUCCUAUUUUCGUUCACUGCACAGUUAAAGGGGAAAGCUGUGAAUUUUGCACAAGAUCUCUAGUUCGUUUUUUGACUCCCUCUUCAGUGACAAUCUUCAGUGGGAUUUGAUUAGGGGCCUGGUUACACAAGUCUGGUGGCUGUUUUGUUUUAGUUUUUUUAAAGAUUGGAGGAGACUUAAACGGUCUGAAAGAAAAACUGUCCAUAGCAAGCAAUCAUGUGACGGCUUUCAUUUCUUGCAGUGCUUUUGAAAAGUGAAAGCUGCUCUGUCAAUGGUUGGCAUGACCAGUUUUUCUUAUGGACUUUUUCAUAAAUCUGUGGACCGUGGCUCCUAUUCAAAUACGUUAUCCAAAAAGUUUUGUCACAUAGUGAGCUGCUUCCUGAGCCUUGCUGCAGACAGUCUUCAAAAAUCAUAUAGUUGGGAAUGUGUGAUUCCAAUCUCAAGAUGCGAGAUCCUGAUUCUGAUGUGAGAUCCUGAUUUCAAAAAGUUGGCAAAUCAGACAUGUGAUCAUUGAAAAUCGUUACAAUCAAUUAUAUAGUUAUAGCCCACAAUUUCACACACUGUUUUUUCAUUUUGAUCACUGUCGCCGUCCACCAUAUAUUUACCCCCCUGCCCCGGUUUUCGCAAGUAUGGUUGGGAAUCUCAGCUGACUCCUAUGUUCCAUUGAUUCAUAUCUGUCUUGUGCAUCUGUUAUAAUAGAUUUAUAGUAUAUAGAUUGGUGUCACUUGCCGAAUGAUUAACAUUUUUAUAAGCUACAAUGAGUAUAUGGAAAAAGAUGUAUAUAAUUGGAGCAGUGUAAAAA